UGUGCUCGGCGCUCGGAGCUGGAGGCUGGGCAGGCCGGGAAGUGGAGGCUGGGAGCCGGUGGUCGUGCUGUGGUGCAGCUGCUGGUGGAGGUGAUGGAGCAGGCUGUGGGCUCUCUGCAGGAACAGGCGCUGAAGAGGAAGGAGCGGCUGAAGGCGCUGAGAGGCCGCCAGCUGCAGGGAAAAGAUCAAGCAGAUGGAGAGCCGGACAGCAAGAGAGCUCUGGACGAAACUGAAGCAGAACAGAGGCACAGAGAUCUGAAGCUGAGGAACUACACCCCAGAAGAUGAAGAACUGAAGGAAAGACAAGUUCCCAAAGCUAAACCUGCUUCAGUGGAAGAUAAAGUCAAAGACCAGCUUGAAGCUGCAAACCCUGAGCCUGUGAUAGAGGAAGUGGAUCUGGCCAACCUCGCUCCAAGAAAACCAGACUGGGAUCUGAAGAGAGACGUGGCUAAAAAACUGGAGAAACUCGAGAAAAGGACUCAGAAAGCCAUUGCUGAACUCAUACGUGAGCGGCUAAAGGGCAGUGAACAGGAGCUGGCUGGAGCUGUGGGAGCGGUCGCUGUGGAGGAGGGGGAUUCAGAUUGAGCACUUUUCGCUCAUAAAUCCAGCAGAGACACUGUUGUGAGAGUAAAUACGUUUUAUAGACGGCUGAUGAUGCUACGAAAACAUGGGUGUUGAGACGUCAGUUCUGUGUGUUAGUGAGAGAGAGCGCGAGAGAGCAAGCAUGCAAGUGUUUGUGUGUGUGUGUGUGUGAAAGAGAGCAAGCAAGAGUCAGAGAAUAAGGAUAGAGGUAUGUGUGAUGUUUAGUUAUGUGAAAUAUAAAAGCUUGUUUUCUGUUUUUGAUAUUUUUUCAUUAAAUGAAAACAUUUCUUUA